AUGGUGGUAGAACCACAGCCACACCACCGCCUACUUGGACCGGUUGUCCAGCAGGAUCACAUGCUCUCGCCGCAGGCGGCCCAUUCGACGUGCGCGAACUUGCUUUUUUUAUUUCUGGUUCCGUUUGCAGGCGAGACGAUCAAGUGCUGGGAAUGCAACUCUCACGCCGAUCCGCGAUGUGCCGACCCCUUCGACAACACGUCGCUGCCCAUCGGGGAAUGUGCUGCCCGGCACUUGCCGCACUACCCAAAUCUCAAGGCCACCAUGUGCCGCAAGAUUCGACAGAAAGUGAACGGCAACUGGCGGUUCAUCCGGUCCUGCGCCUUCCUGGGCAAGCCAGGCGAAGGCACCAACGACGAGAACUACUGCCUCAUGCGGACUGGCACUUACGACGUGUUCGUCGAGACCUGCACCUGCAAAAGCAAGGACGGCUGCAACACAGCCUCGCAACAAAGCGGACCGCUCUUACUCCUGGCUCUCGGAGCAGCCGCGGCCACUGGUGUGGUGUUGGGCGCGCUCCGCUAGCGACCAUUCCGCUCGGUGAACGCUGUGCCACCAUGCCCGUGGACUACUCAGACAUGCUGGCUUGUCGUGGCCUGCCCAGGGCGCGCGCGUGCGUGCGCCUCCAGGGACACUUGUGGCGCGUACGCUAGUGGAGCGCGAGAUCACAGCAACGCCGCUACCUGGUGGUUCAUUUUGUCGCCGUUCCAUCCGUUCCGGAAGCGAAGCUGCAACAGUAUGGAAACAGCGAGCCAUCGGGCGGUCCCCAAGAAGACAGCGCUCUCUCGUUGCGUUGUUUGAUGCUCGCGCACCCAGACAACCCUGUGCUGUGGCGAUAGGGCUUGUUGCGCAGUCUUGGUCAGCUAUACGCUCGCGAGGCAAGAGUUUUGAGACCUGUGCGCGAAAGGCGACUUCUGGGUGGUAUUCUCUCUCGAUCGCUUUCGGCGGUACUUUCGCGAGAUUUUUACCGGAUCACUAGGGAUGUGCGAACAUUCGAAAAUUUUGAAUAACGAAUUGAAUAGCCUUCUAUUCGAUUCGGUACUCGAAUGGAAUAGAGUGCAUAUUAGAAAUACCGAAUAUUUUUAGACUAUUUUUAGAAUAAUAAGCACCGAUGUAAAAGCCUCAAAGGUACGAAACGUUGGGACAGAGAGGGUUAACGUUUUUUAUUUUAAUCAUCUAAUUACCAAGACGCAUGAAGCCCAAGGUUUUACGGGACUAUCGGCGCUAUAUUGAUUACAGGAUAACUGCAUUUUUGCUUAAAACUCCAGUGUCGCCGAAGCGACAGUCAUCAAUACACUAUCUCCAUCAUGACAUUAAUGAUGACAUUGACUCAUGAAUAUUGUUUAAUAUUUAUGCAUCAGCUUUUAUUUAGAAGCUGUUGACAAAGUGACCCCUUGAAUACUAUAUUCACUCCUGUAUUUCAACCUGCAGUUACAAAAUAUUUCUAAGGCUCUAGUUGCUGCUGUAUGCGAGGUUGCCUCAGUUUUACAAAAUUGUGGUAUUUUCCUUUGACGGUUACAAGUAAUAGCAAUGCUCAUCUGUUAAAGCUAGUCAAUAUUUGUUUCGAAUAAAAUGUUUUGGAAUUCUUGGA